AUGUUCCCCUGCCCCCUCACUUGCCAUCAUUUAUACCUUUGCUUUUCAUCUACUCACACUCACUCUCCCCAACCUUUCCAUCNGAAAAAACACCUCACUAAGUUAUUCAAUCCUAAAGCUAGAUUAGUAAGGAACAUGGAUGUUUACGGUGGACUAUCUGUAGAUGAUCUGUUAGACUUACCUAGCGACGAUUUCUUCUCUCCAUCUGUCUCCAACGCCGCAGGCGGCGGCGGCGGCGGCGUCUCAGACUACCUGCUGCAUAAUCCGUCAUCAUCCGCUGGCAAUCGCUUCGAACAGUCACCCACUCCUAGCUUCUCUAACGAUUUCAACGACAUUUUGUGGUUACCGACAGAGGACGCGGCAGAUCUGGAAUGGCUCUCGAACUACAUGGACGACUCGUACUCCGAUUUCCCCGCGGACGAGCUCGCCGCCGCCCCCGAAGGACUUUACUGGCGGCCGCGGAGCAAGCGCUCCCGUCCUUCCAUCUCGGCCUCCGCCGCGGUCGGAAAUCCGAUGUCGAUCUGCGGCGGCGCGAGGAGGGGAGGGAAUCUCGCGAGGGCGGAGGGUGGUGGGGAGGUGGCGCGGAGGUGCACGCACUGCGCGUCGGAGAAGACACCUCAGUGGAGGACCGGGCCGCUGGGCCCGAAGACGCUGUGCAACGCCUGUGGUGUGAGGUUCAAGUCGGGCCGGCUGGUGCCGGAGUACAGGCCCGCGGCGAGCCCGACGUUCGUGCUGACUCAGCACUCCAACUCUCACCGGAAGGUUCUCGAGCUGCGGCGGCAGAAGGAGAUGCUCCGCCAGCAGCAGCAGCAGCAGGAGGCGGCGGCGGCUUACGGCUUUCGGGUGCUGGCUGUGACCGUAAAAUUUAUCCAAAAAGAUGCUGAGAAGAAGAAGAUGGCUUUUAAUCCCAAGCCGUAUUUUAGGCUGUUUAUUAAUUGGCUGCUUGAUAUGUGUUCCUUGGAGCCAGUUUUUGAUGGUGCCAACUUUCAGGUGCUGACCGCUUUAGCGAAUUCUUUCCAUGCAAUUCAACCUCUCAAGGUCCCAGGGUUCAGCUUUGCGUGGCUGGAAUUGGUCAGUCACAGAAGUUUCAUGCCGAAGUUACUGACAGCAAAUGCACAGAAGGGAUGGCCCUAUUUCCAGAGAUUGCUGGUGGACAUGUUUCAGUUUAUGGAGCCAUUCCUUAGGAAUGCUGAACUUGGAGAGCCGGCACACUUUCUGUACAAGGGGACUCUAAGAGUAUUGUUGGUGUUGCUUCAUGAUUUUCCAGAAUUCCUUUGCGAUUAUCAUUUCAGUUUUUGUGAUGUCAUCCCCCCGAGCUGCAUACAGAUGCGAAAUAUAAUCUUGAGUGCAUUUCCUCGCAAUAUGAGGCUUCCAGAUCCAUCAACUCCCAACUUAAAGAUUGAUUUACUGGCGGAGAUUAGUCAAUCGCCUAGAAUACUUUCUGAGGUUGAUGCGGCUCUAAAACCGAAGCAAAUCAAGAAUGAAGUUGAUGAAUUAGUCAUCACGAGACCCUCCAGCAGUAGCGCUUUCAAGUUUCAAGCCGUCCUUCCAGAAGCGGCUCAGCCGAAUGAUUGUGUCGGGCUAUUUAACCCGACUCACGUGACCCGCAAAAAUACCCACAGAAAAGGAUUUCGAUCUUCUUCUUCAACGAUGAUUCCGUUUUCCUCCAAGGUUUCCAGUCAGAUUCGUUUUCUGCUGCAGGGUUUGACUGACUCCAACUCCGAUUCUGUUUUUCAAGAGCUAUGCAAGUACUCAAUGCAUGGAUUGGAGGGGAGCAUACUACUGCUUCAGACGUGUUGGGAUCACCUCAAUAUCCAUGGCAAGGAUUUGAAAACUAUGAAGCUGCACCCCAUAUAUGCUUCGAUAUUCAAACAUAUAUUGGAUAAACCAAAUUUUAGUACCGUGUUAUGUGAGUCACUGAGGACUGCUCCAAUAAAUGAAGAAUUACUGCAGAAUCUGUCUGGUGCACUACACUUGUCGAUGUCUGAGAAUAUUGGGAUUGGUCUUGCACUGUCCAAUUCGAAAAAUCAUGAUAUCAGAAUGUGUGGAAAAAAUUUCUGCAUGAAUCAGAUUGCAGAGUUGUGUGCAAAUCCCGAGGCAUUUGAGUCUACUGAGAAAAUUCAGCAUAUUAUCAUGUUUCUUAGUCGUUCUGAAGGCCUUUCCAAGCAUGUAGAUUCAUUCAUGCAAAUGUUGUCGCUUGUACGGUUGAGGGAUGGGGCCCAAUUUACCUUAGCACCAUUUCUUCCUGAUGAAUUACGUGCAGAGAAUUUAUUUAGGCACUUAGAUUUGUUGAAUGAGGGUGACGAAGAUGAUUUUGAUGCCAUUCUAGCGGAAAUGGAGAAGGAAAUCAGCAUGGCUGAUGUGAUGAGUGAAUUAGGAUAUGGAUGCACAGCCAAUGUCUCUCAGUGCAAAGACAUCUUGUCACUUUUCUUGCCGCUUUCUGAUGCCACAAUUGCGAAGAUACUUGGUACAAUUGCAAGAACUUACACAGGUUUUGAUGACAGUCAAAACGUGUUUGCUGCAUUCCGUUCUGCUCUUGGUGGAAAUAAUGAUCUGGAUCCACCAUCUUUGACUUCUUGGAAUGUAGAAGUCCUUGUAGAGUCUAUCAAGCAGCUUACUCCAGGAGUUAACUGGAUAAGUGUAAUGGAGAAGCUGGACCACGAGGGCUUCUAUAUCCCUAAUGAGGCAGCAUUUUCACUUUUUAUGUCAGUUUAUAGGCAUGCUUGCCAGGAUCCGUUCCCGCUGCACGCUAUUUGUGGCUUUGUGUGGAAGAAUAUCGAGGGUCAGUUAUCAUUUCUAAAGUAUGCAGUCUCUGUGCCGCCUGAAGUAUUUACAUUUGCUCAUUCAGAAAGGCAACUGUCCUAUGGUGAUGCUGUGGCCGAACCAUUUCCACCUGGAAAAUCAAAUCACGCUUGGUUAUGUCUUGAUCUACUGGAGGUGUUAUGUCAAUUAUCAGAGAGAGGAAAUGCAAGUCUUGUCCGUUUGGUCCUUGAAAAACCUCUUAACAACUGCCCUGAGUUGUUGCUUCUUGGAAUGGCUCAUGUUAAUACUGCAUACAAUCUUAUUCAGAACGAGGUUGCAUCUGCUGUUCUGCCUAUGGCACUAAGAAAUGCAUCAGGGAGAGGUUUAAUUUUUAAUAUCUGGCAUGCUAAACCAGACAUGUUGUUGCGAGGACUUAUAGAAGCGAUGAGUCUUGAUUCAGAGAAUGUUUACCGGAUUUUGGAUGUCUGCCAGGAAUUAAAGAUUCUAUCUUCAGUAUUGGAUAUAAUUCCAUUUUACUUUGGCAUUCGCAUAGCUGCCGUUGCCUCUAAGAAAGAAAUCAUGGACCUUGAGGAUUGGUUGAGUACUCAUUUAUUGACAAAUAAAGAUGCUUUCUAUGAGGAAUGCCUUAAAUUUCUGAAGGAUGUUCAGAUUGGAUCACAUGACGUUUCGGGGAACCAUGUCUCCCAUAUGCUUGCUAAUUCAAGAGUUAAAAAUGGCACAAGCUCCGACUCAGCUACUGGUGAUAAUUACGCUGAUGACAUUGAGACUGAAUCAAACACUAUCUUUCAUCAAAUGUUUUCUGGUCAGCGUUCUAUUGAUGAUAUGAUUCAAAUGCUUACCCGCUUUAAGGAAUCUUCAGAUAAGAGGCAAGUCUUCUUAAGAGUACUUGUCCAUCUGGAACAGUCUAUUUACGAGUGCAUGAUUGCUAACCUGUUCGAGGAAUUCAAAUUUUUCACGAAAUACCCUGAUAAGCAGCUGAGAAUUGCUGCAAUUCUUUUUGGAUCACUGAUCAAGCAUCAACUUGUGACUCAUCUAACACUUGGCAUUGCUUUACGAGCUGUUUUGGACUCAUUGAGGAAACCUACAGAUUCAAAAAUUUUCUCCUUUGGGACGAAGGCAUUGGAGCAGUUUGUUGACCGUCUCAUAGAGUGGCCGCAGUAUUGCAAUCACAUCUUGCAGAUAUCUCAUUUGCGUGCUACGCAUUCAGAUCUUGUUGCAUUUGUUGAGAGGACGCUUAACAGAAUUUCAGCGGCUCAUGGUGAGCCGGAUGGUGUCCAUAAUGUCACUUCUGAUCACCAUCCUGGGUUAAUCCAGUCUUCUGCUAUGAAUGUGGAGAUUCCAGGGUCCUCAUAUUCUCUGAUUGGACCUGGCACCACGCAAAUGGGGCUGCAAGCCUCCUCUCCUAUUAAUCUUCCACAGAGAUCGUCUGGUUCUCUGGAUGAGAGGAAAACUUCUGCCAUACUGUCUAAUUAUAUGAAGCCUGCGCUGUCUGCUUCAAGUCAGCCUGCUAUUGCUCCUUCAAGUGAUGCAGCUAGCAUUCAAAAGUCGCACAGUGGAAUUGGCAUGGCCCCAAUACACUCUGCCUCUCCCAGUUUUCUACGUCCAUCUCGAGUUCCCUCAGCAAGGUUUGGCUCUGCUUUAAACAUUGAAACACUUGUUGCAGCAGCAGAGAGGAGAGAAACUUCUAUAGAGGCUCCUGCUUCAGAAAUUCAGGAUAAGAUAUCCUUCACUAUUAAUAACUUGUCUGCUGCAACUAUUGACGCUAAAGCCAAAGAAUUUACUGAAAUUUUGACUGAGCAGUACUAUCCCUGGUUUGCUCAGUAUAUGGUUAUGAAAAGGGAGAUUGUUCAAGCCACUUACGAGAACUGCAAGGUCCUCUUAGGAUCUGAACUUAUAAAGUCUAGUGUGGAAGAGCGUUCAUUGCUGAAAAACUUAGGAAGCUGGCUUGGGAAGAUAACGAUUGGCAGAAAUCAAGUUCUAAGGGCACGAGAGAUAGAUCCCAAAUCGCUUAUUAUAGAGGCAUAUGAAAGGGGGCUCAUGAUAGCAGUUAUUCCUUUUACUUCCAAGAUUUUGGAACCAUGUUCUAACAGUCUUGCAUAUCAACCUCCUAAUCCAUGGACUAUGGGUAUUCUUGGAUUGCUUGCUGAGAUUUAUGCAAUGCCAAAUUUGAAAAUGAAUCUCAAGUUUGAGAUUGAGGUCCUGUUCAAAAACCUUGGUGUGGACCUUAAGGAUGUAAAACCAACUUCUCUUCUUAAGGAUAAAGUUAGAGAAGUUGAAGGUAAUCCUGAUUUCUCCAACAAGGACGUUGGAUCUUCACUACCACCAAUACCAAGUGAAGGGAAGUCUGGUGUAGUAUCGAUUCAGAACCAAGUGGAGGUACCACUGGAUGUUGCAGCUCCUGCUCAUGCUGGAGGACAUUCACGAAUAUUAUCUCAGUAUGCGGCGCCUCUUCAUCAUUCCUCUGGAACGAUAACGGAAGAUGAAAAGUUGGUAAGCCUGGGAUUUUCUGAUCAGCUCCCAUCUGCACAUGGCCUUCUACAAGGACAUACACAUUUUCCAGCUAAUCAGCUUCCUGUGCCAGCUGCUAAUAUUGAACAACAAGUUAUUGUCAAUAAAAAGCUUCAGUCAUAUGGCCUACACGUGCAUGUCCAGAGUAUACUUCCAAUUGCCAUGGAUAGGGCGGUUAAGGAGAUUGUGUCCAGUAUUGUUCAACGAAGUGUUUCUAUAGCAACACUGACAACCAAGGAACUUGUUAUGAAGGAUUAUGCCAUGGAACCAGAUGAGACCCUUAUUAGAAAUGCAGCCCAUUUGAUGGUUGCGAGGUUGGCUGGGAGUCUAGCUCAUGUAACGUGCAAGGAACCUUUGCGUGGCUCAAUAUCAGGACAGAUAAGGAACGCACUUCAGAGCUUGAGCAUAACAAGUGAUACUCUUGAAAAUGCAGUUCAACUUGUGACUAAUGACAAUCUAGAUCUUGGCUGUGUGUUGAUUGAACAAGCUGCAACUGAGAAGGCAGUUCAAACCAUCGAUGGAGAAAUUGCACAACAGCUGUCUAUUAGGAGAAAACAUAGAGAGAGUGUUGCUCCCACAUUUUUUGAUGCUAGCCUGUAUGCCCAAGGUCAAAUGGGUGUUUUACCAGAGGCCCUUCGACCAAAACCUGGCCAAUUGUCGCAUUCACAGCAGCGAGUUUAUGAGGAUUUUGCUCGGUUUCCACCACAAAAUCUCCCCACUCAGAGCUCAAAUUCUCCACCUGUUGGUCCUUCUGCUUCGCCUGGCAGUGGUGGAAUAUCUCGAGCAUUUGCAUCCACAACUCCAUCUGGCCAAAUAAGCGCAAGCAUUUUCUCAUCUGGCCUCGUAAACACUGGACAUGGUGCUGUUCCCCCGACUCUGGAAAUUGAUCAGGAUGACACGGAAUCAGUUGGAUCCCAGAUUCCUGCAAGUGUUUCCUCGCCCCACAUUGCAAUUGGUGAGGCUGCACAAAGCUUUGAAAAUGAUACGGUUACUUCAUUUCGUCCUGAUUCUUCGCCGGAUUCGCAAGUGGCGGAACCUUCAAAUGCUGUCAAAGAACCUGCAAUUGCUGUGCAGCCUGUAAAUGCACCUUUGGCUUCGGAACGUCCUGGAAGUGCGGUCUCAGAGCAUUUGAUGACCACAGGCGAUGCUCUAGAUAAGUAUCAGACUAUUUCAGAGAAGCUUGAAAAGUUGGUGGCUAAUGAUGCCAAGGACGGUGAAAUUCAGGGAGUGAUUGCUGAAGUUCCUCCAGUCAUCAUGAGAUGCAUUAGCCGGGAUGAGGCUGCAUUGGCUGUGGCUCAGAAGGCUUUUAAGGGCUUGUAUGAGAAUGCAUCCAACAGUGCUCAUGUCGAUGCUCACCUUGCUAUCCUGGCUGCCAUUCGUGAUGUUAGCAAGCUCGUAGUGAAGGAACUCACUAGUUGGGUGAUUUACUCUGAGGAGGAUAGGAAGUUCAAUAAAGAUAUCACUAUUGGUCUUAUUCGGAGUGAAUUAUUGAACCUUGCUGAGUAUAACGUUCAUAUGGCUAAGCUUCUUGACGCAGGAAGAAACAAGCCUGCAACCGAAUUUGCCAUUUCUCUUAUCCAGACAUUAGUUAUCAACGAUUCCAAACUUGCUGCAAGACCUGGAUCUCCAGAGUCAUUACAACAACUGGUUGAAAUUGCUAAGAACCCUGCUAAUGCUGCUGCUAUGGUAUCUGUGGGUGGGAAAGAGGACUCAACGAAAACCUCUAGGGACAAAAAGGCUACCCUGCCUCCUGCAGCAGGCAAGGAAGACUACAAUGCCACGGAGUUGACGGAUUCAGAUCCUGCUGGUUUUCAUGAACAGGUUUCUGUGUUGUUUGCUGAAUGGUACCAAAUAUGUGAACUUCCUGGAGCAAAUGAUGUUGCUUGCGCUCGUUAUGUUUUACACUUGCAUCAGAAAGGCCUGCUAAAAGGAGAUGAAACUUCAGAUCGUUUUUUUCGCCGUAUAAUGGAACUCUCAGUAUCGCAUUGUUUAUCCUCUGAGGUGAUCAAUUCUAGCCCUUCCCAGUCGCAUCAGGGACAGCCACUCUCUUUCCUAGCUAUUGAUAUCUAUGCGAAGUUGGUGUUCUCAAUCCUGAAGUUUUGCCCCGUAGAUCAGGGAUCCAAUAAGCUCUCUCUUCUGCCGAAGGUGCUGGCUGUGACCGUAAAAUUUAUCCAAAAAGAUGCUGAGAAGAAGAAGAUGGCUUUUAAUCCCAGGCCGUAUUUUAGGCUGUUUAUUAAUUGGCUGCUUGAUAUGUGUUCCUUGGAGCCAGUUUUUGAUGGUGCCAACUUUCAGGUGCUGACCGCUUUAGCGAAUUCUUUCCAUGCAAUUCAACCUCUCAAGGUCCCAGGGUUCAGCUUUGCGUGGCUGGAAUUGGUCAGUCACAGAAGUUUCAUGCCGAAGUUACUGACAGCAAAUGCACAGAAGGGAUGGCCCUAUUUCCAGAGAUUGCUGGUGGACAUGUUUCAGUUUAUGGAGCCAUUCCUUAGGAAUGCUGAACUUGGAGAGCCGGCACACUUUCUGUACAAGGGGACUCUCAGAGUAUUGUUGGUGUUGCUUCAUGAUUUUCCAGAAUUCCUUUGCGAUUAUCAUUUCAGUUUUUGUGAUGUCAUCCCCCCGAGCUGCAUACAGAUGCGAAAUAUAAUCUUGAGUGCAUUUCCUCGCAAUAUGAGGCUUCCAGAUCCAUCAACUCCCAACUUAAAGAUUGAUUUACUGGCGGAGAUUAGUCAAUCGCCUAGAAUACUUUCUGAGGUUGAUGCGGCUCUAAAAGCGAAGCAAAUCAAGAAUGAAGUUGAUGAGUAUCUGAAGACGAGGCAACAAGGGUCCUCUUUUCUGUCCGAGUUGAAACAAAAGCUGCUACUUUCUCCAAUUGAUGCGGCUCGUGCUGGGACCCGCUACAAUGUUCCUCUGAUAAAUUCCCUUGUACUUUAUGUCGGAAUGCAGGCUAUUCAGCAGCUGCAAGCAAGAGCCCCUUCUCAAUCCAUGGCGAAUAUGAAUGCCUUCUUAGUGAGUGCUGCUUUGGACAUUUUCCAGACAUUGAUAAUGGAACUUGACACAGAGGGUCGCUACCUAUUCCUUAAUGCCGUUGCUAACCAAUUACGUUAUCCCAACAAUCACACUCAUUACUUCUCUUUCAUCCUCCUUUACUUGUUUGCUGAGUCGAACCAGGAAAUGAUUCAGGAGCAAAUAACGAGGGUCCUACUGGAACGUCUGAUAGUUAACAGGCCUCAUCCAUGGGGACUUUUGAUAACAUUUAUCGAGCUCAUCAAGAACCCAAGGUACAACUUUUGGAGUCGGAGUUUCACGAGAUGUGCGCCUGAGAUUGAGAAGCUGUUUGAGUCGGUGUCUAGGUCUUGUGGGGGCCCCAAACCUGUGGAUGAUAGUGUCGUGUCUGGCGGAAUCCCUGACAAUAUGCAUUAAGACCUCUGCUUGUAACUGUAAAAGCUAUGUAGAAUUGUGACAAUUUGAUUUGUAAAUACAGUCCUUACUGUUGAUUAGACUAUAGAUACGAUCUGGGCAUCUCAUUUUAUAAUCAUUCAGUGUGCUUAAUUCACUGUAUUGAUACAAUUUGGAUGGCCCAUUUUACGACAGUGCUUAAUUUGUUUAUUGUCACUGGCGACCAUCUUAUGUUAAGUACUUACGACACUGAAGGAAUAGUACUUCGUAAUUUAAUGAAUGGUAGAUGUUGCCCUUAUAUUGUUCA